AUGACUAACGUAACUGUUCGAGGUAUGUACGUACGUUACAUACGUUGCUGGCUGGUAAGUAUCAAGAUUUUUAUUUGAAUGAAUUUCACAAAUUACGUGUCAUUUGAUUUUAAGACCCAAUUUCAGGGUUGAUGUGCAGAAAGAAAUUCAUAACCUACAACACGUGUCCUGUCCAUAAUGUCGUUAAUUGACAACUAUUGUGCAAGAGGGCCGAAUUCCCUAGUGCCCGAAUUCCCUAGUGGAAUUAGCUGAAAGUAGUUACAAAUUAGAUUGAAAUCGACAGAUACGUAGGUACGUUCUGUUUUACCAUAUUAAAGAAGAAAUAAAAUAAUUUCCAGCCAUUGUGAAUGUUCGUGAUAAUGGCGCGCGGCGGACGAAGCGGCGACUUGGGCGUCCGUCAGCGACGAAAAACCGAAAGGUUCGCGGUUAAUCACGCUUAAUCGCGCGUCAUUUGAUCUAAUUGAGAUCGUGGGGACUCGAGGAUUUGGCCCUGACAUCUAUUACUACCACCAUCGCUGCUAUCUUCGGCCGGAGAGACGAGACCGACGUUGCACGGAACUGCAACUGCGCUCGGCAGCGCGGCCACAAGUCGUUGGAACGUUUAUUGUAGAGGAACUUGAUGCAUAUACCACGUCUCGUUGUGUGUGUAUACCCUCGGGCAAACCAGACGCGGCGUUCGUCUUCCCACGAACCCUUUGCUAUACGUACCAGUCUUGUUACUCGUUCCGGGAUCAGGAAACACUCCUAUUAAGGCCAUUUUACACGAAUGCGAGAAACCACGUUGUACAACCUGCACGAGAGUACAAUAUCUACGAACUUUGCUUUUACACAAUAUUCGUUCAUUCGUUUGAUAGCGAUUUCUUUUUUUUUUUUUUUUUGCAGCGCUGAGAUUAUUUUUAAUUCCCAGAAAGCGUUAUUAUGAGGUCAUUAACGAAGUAAUCACAAUGUUCCUUCAUUUCUGUGCAUUCUCAACUUCUUAUAAGAAAUAAAUAUUAACAACAUUACGGUACGUAUACAGUGACAUUCAAGUUGCAAAAUUUACAUAAUACCGAAAUUGGAUUUGAAAUUUGCAGAAUGAGAAAAAUUGUGAGAACAGGCUGGUAAACAGGUAGAUCUUCUUUAUGAUAGAAAUGUGAAAAAAAGCGGAGCUAAUUGGUCGGCGUGAAAAGCGAAAGAAAUAAGGUGAAAUAUAAAGACAGCGCGAGGAACGGCGCGAGGCGAACGAAGGCUAAUAAUUGAUUGUCAGUUUGAAGCAGAAACAGGAGUUCACCAACUCGCAGCAGCACCAACGUAAUUACAGCGUUUAAAGCUACCGAAUGCUUACUGAAUUCCGCAAAGAAUACCUCGCAGCUGAAAAGUUCACCACCUCGAUUUGCAAUAAAAUUUCUCUCUGUUAUUGUCGGCCGUCGGCCCAUCAAUUUCCCUCGAGUUGAACUCGAGGUUGAACCUCUCACGAUCGAUCGUCUCCAUGUUGAUACACGUUGCGCAAUCCAAGGAUCGAUUCAUUCCGAAUUGAGAUUUCUCUUGGCUGGAUCGUGCUUGAAAAUAUUCCGGGACGACGCGGCAAGUAAAUCGACUGGUCCGGAGUCUCGCGGGGCCCGAUUGGCCGGCACGAAUUCGUCAUCCGACGGGACUGAGAGGGGCCUCUCUCGACGCGACGAAGAGAAACGAGCAAAGGAGGAUGGCUCUCUCGUCUCUCGUCUCUCGUCUCUCGUUCCUCGAGAGCAGCAGACGGCCGAUCCUCGCGAUGAACCGAACGUCGCGUCGCCGCCCCGAGAGAGAAUAUAUCCGAUAUCUUUGGAAUGGGACAUAGGUCCGUACGACGUGGCCGCGGACAUGCCUGUACCUGUCUCCACGCAUCGAACUCUGCCUGCUCACCUGCAUUCCAUCAACUGGGGCCUAAGGGGGGACCUUUCAGGAUAUCCAGGACCGUAUCGCGUCGGUGGAUCGUGA